AUGGCUUCCCGCAGCCGGCGCAGCGCCGCGCACGAGGUGGUCGAGGAAGAGCAGGCGGAGCUCGAGGGCGUCAAGAAGCUCCGGUUCAGCCAGACGCUCGUGGGCAAGCCGGGCAAGCAGCUCGGCGUGACGGAACUGCUGGCGCGGCUCAAGGCGCUGUGCGACGAGCUGCGGGACAUUGACCAGGAGGAGGCCGACACCGAGUCGCUCACGCGCUCUGCAAAGGAAUUGGCCAGCCCCAGCCUCAUACACCACAAAGACGCCGGCGUGCGCGCGUGGACGGCAUGCUGCAUCGUCGAGAUGUUCCGCCUGUUCGCGCCCAACGCGCCGUACACGGCCUCGCAGCUCAAGGACAUAUUCGCCUUGAUAGUCACCAAGAUCCUGCCUCUCCUCGGCAACCCCUCGCACCCCUACAACAGCCAGCACAUGUACAUGCUCAAGUCGCUGGCCGAAUUCAAAAGCAUCGUCAUCGUCACCGACAUCCCCGGCUCCGCCACCCUCACCCAGUCCAUAUUCACCACCUGCUUCGACGUCCUGUCUGGGCCAUCCAAAGGCUCAAAUGGCGAGGAAUUGAGCAAGAACGUGGAACACAACAUGACGGAGAUCCUGCGCAUCUUGGUAGACGAGAGCGCCGCAAUUGCGACCGAGGUCGUCGAUGUCAUUGUAGCGCAGUUUCUAUGGGCCGACCCGCAGAUGCUGGCCGCUUCCAGGGGCAAAAAGAAUGUCACCCUCGACGCAAAACAAUCCACCCUACGGCGUAAGGAAGCGCCUCCGGCAUACAACAUGGCAAAAAACAUCUGCAACAUGUACCCAGAUAAGAUGGCGCGCCUCUUCGGCACCUACUUUGGCUCCAUUAUCGUCGACUUCACUUCGGGAAAGAGUGCGCGCGCAGAUGAGUCCGACGAUGAGGGAGACAAAGGCCCUUCGGAAGAAGACAUCAACGAAGCGAGCAAAGCCCACCGAUUGCUCCGCGAGCUGUGGCGAAGCGCGCCAGGAUGUCUGAAAGAGAUAGUACCCCAUCUCCAGGACGAGCUGGCCACCGAGAAUGUGCAGCUGCGCCAGCUGGCCACGGAGACGAUUGGAGACAUGAUUUCUGGCAUCGGAGCUGCCGGCCCUCCUCCGCUUCCGGACCUGGAUCCUGCUGCGUACCCCUCGCAAAGUCUCGCAUCUUCUUCCGUCCACGCCUACAACUACCUCACUACUCCAGCGUCUCUCAACUCGUUUAUCCUUCAUCACUCGUCCGCUUACCACGUUUUCAUAACACGCAAGAAUGACAAAUCGCCAAUCGUGCGCGCAUCUUGGGCCACAGCGAUUGCCCGAAUCUUGAUGACGUCGGCUGGUAACGUGGGUUUAGAUCCCGAGGAGGAGCGUACGUUGUUGAAACACUUCGCCGAUAGUCUCAUUGACGGCGAUGAUCGGGUCCGACUUGCUGCUGUGAAGGCAGUGGAACAUUUUGAGUUCAACGACAUCGUGCGGAAGCUUGGAGUCAACGGUGGUGCAGCUCAAUCAGGUUCUAUCCUAUCCAACCUUGCCGAUCGUGUCAAGGACAGAAAGCCCCCCGUUCGAACUGCAGCUAUAAAGCUCCUUGCGAAGAUUUGGGGAGUAGCCGCCGGUGCCAUUGCCGAGGGGAGCGUAACCGUCUCAGAUCUGCUAGGACCUAUUCCUUCUCGAAUUCUGGACGCCUACUAUGUCAGAGACCCAGAUCUCACUGUUCAGGUCGAAUUGGCAACAUACGAUUCACUUCUGCCGCUCAGUUUUCCGCCAAUCAAGCCCAAAGCUGCUGUGAACGGUGGAUCCCAAGUCGUUAAGGACAGCCAACCGAAUGGCGAACAAAGUUACAGCGAAGCAGACCUUGAUAAGAUCCGAGCCGAGCGACAGCUUGUCCUCGUACGCGGAUUGGACGAACGGGCAAAGAAAGUAUUCUAUGCCAACCAGGGAAACCAGACUGCACACGCCACCUACAUGGAGCACUUCCUGAAACUAUGUGAAGAGUACAAUGGUGGUGUCAUGGAGGGUUCCGAGAAGGACACCAAAAGAAAAUUGGACGGUCUGAUUGCCUAUUACGCCAAAACACUGCCGGAUGUCGCGCGGGCGGCUGACGAUCUUACAAAGUUCGCCAAGGCACAUGACCGCCGAAGCUACCAGCUCAUUCGGUUCUGCAUGGCGCCCGAGAGCGACUAUCGAAAGAUCUUCAAGUCUGUUAAAGAGCUUCGCAAGAGGAUCGAGGAGAACCCACCCAGUCCUACGCUACUAGAGACCUUGACACCCCUUCUGUACCGGGUCAGCCUGCUUUGUUUCAACAAGAGCCACGUUCCUGCAAUUAUCGAGUUCACUCGUACGGACGAAAAGGGCCUCGCUGCUACAGCCCAUGAGGUUCUCAAAGAAAUCUCCACGCAGCACCCCAAGGUCUUCUCUACGCAUGUGAAGGAGCUGUGCAAAACGCUCGAGAGCGAAGCACCAACACAAAGCGCCACGAACCCUCCUGGCGCUGUCGAUGAUCUGAAAGCCUUGGCAAGUUUUGCGAAGAAGUUCCCUAAGGAAAUACCAUUGAAUGCCAAAGAUGGUCAGAAACUGGUCCGCGGUUUACUCAACUUCACCUUAUAUGGCACGCCUCCAAAAUCUGCUAAGCAUGCUAUAACCAUCCUCAUGAACAGCGACAACAGCAAAAAGAGGCACGCAAAGGAGAUCCUCCAAAAGAGCAUCAAGAACUUCGAUUAUGAGUGCGAACAUUGGCUGACAAAGCUCGCGGCUCUCAGCCAACUCGUCCUUCUCGCACCCGAUGAAUGCGACGCGGACAUUGAUGCAGUCUUCACCAUCGCAGUCGAAAAUGUGCUGCUGAAGCAACAUCUAGAAUCUGACGAGGCCGAAGAAGAAUGGAUGGACAUUCCAGACGACGACAUUACUGCGCGGACUUGGGCACUCAAAAUUCUUGUCAACCGUCUACUGGCAUACACGGGCGACGAAGAGCGUACAGAUGCCUCCGAUCAGGUGCUCAAACUGCUCAACCGACUCGUUAAGGAGAACGGGGAGGCUUCUAAGAAGAACCCAACUCCAUUGGCACACCGAAACCGACAGCGACUUCUGGCGGCAAACUUUCUGCUCAAGCUAGCAACCGUGCGGCGACUCGAUAAUCAAAUCACCUCUGCUGACUUCAACCAACUCGCUCUCGUCACGCAUGACAGUUGUUUACAGGUUCGUAAAGGCUUCGCGCUAAAGCUGAUGAAGUAUCUCGGACAAAAUCGACUCCCUACACGUUUCUACAGCAUCCUCUUCAUGUUUGCCCAUGAGCCAGAUGCCAGUCUUCGGAAUAUCUUGACAACAUGGAUUCGCUCCCGACGGGCUAUAUUCGCCUCUCGCAAGGAGACGGUUCUGGAAACUUCUGUCUUUGCCAGACUGCUCAGUCUGCUCGCUCAUCAUCCCGACUUGGCGGAUGAUGAGAGCUCGCUAACGGAGAUUGUCAAAUACAUACUGUUCUACCUCAAGACGGUUGCGACCGAGGACAAUCUUGCACUCAUAUACCACAUGGCUGGACGUGUAAAGACGGUCAAGGACGGUGUUGAUCCUUCUGCCGCGAGCGACGAUAAGCUCUACAUCAUGUCCGACCUCGCACAAGCGGCGAUAUUGUCGUGGGAAGAAAACAACGGCUGGAGCAUGCAAAUGUUCCCCGGCAAGCAAAAGCUGCCUGCUGGUAUCUUCAAGCCGCUCGAGAGCCACGAACGCGGGCAGGAGAUCGCGUCAAAGCAGUACAUUCCUUCGGACUUUACCGACCUUCUCGACCCGCUCGUACGCAGGACUAUCAAGAACAAAAAGAGAAAGGCUGGAGAUGGCGCUGAGAAGCCGCGUAAGAAGGCAAAGGCUGAGAACGGGGUCAAGAAAGAGAGGACCAAGUCUGAACGGCCGAUCAAGACCCCGCGCAAGAAGAGGACAGGGGAUGCCAGCGGCGAUGAAGAUCUCGACAGUGCGGUUGCGCCGUCUUCUGGCCCGAGGAGAAAGAGUGGUCGCAAGAGCAACGUAAGCAAGAGUUACGUCGAGGUCUCAAGCGACGAGGAGGAUACCCAGGCUGGCGCCGAGCAGGACGAGUCAAUGUCUGAUGCCGAGAGCGAGCAGGCGGAGGAGGAUGUCGCAAUGGAAGAUAAAAAUACAGACGAGGCAGUUGAGUCUGAAGCUGAAGCCGAGCCUGAAGCCGCUGCAGAAGAGUCGGAAAUAGAAGCAGGACCAGAGCUAGAACCCGAACCAGAACCCCAGCAGGAACCUGAACCCGAGCCGCCACGCAAGACCCGCAGCCGCCCUACAAGAAUUUCCGACGCUCCAUCCUCACCCGAAGCUCCAAAACGCAGAGCUGCUCGGCCAGCUAAGGCAGCUACUCCAGCCAAAGUCUCCGCAUCUGCCAAGGCAGCGAAAGAGGUCAAGGCCCCCACACCCGCGAAAUCAACCCCCGCAAAGGAAACCAAGAAGGCUACGCCGAAGGGCAAGGCCAAAGCCAAGGAAAAGGAAGUGGCAGUCGAGCCCGUCGCCAACGGUACCGGCAUUGUUAGGCGCAGUGGACGGACCAGAGGGUAAACUCCUCUUUCUCCGUGAUGUGAGGUGGGGUUGAAUUAUGUAUGAUACAUUAUAGUGUCGCUUUUCCGGGGCUCGCCCUCUCCAAGUGCUUUGCGGGCGAAACAGGGCAGAGCAAGAACCGGAACAUGCGCUAUUGUUUUGUCACUUUCGAAGCGAUCGAUGGAUAGAUGGGGUGGCGCGUGGUGUGGCAUGACUAAUGAGCGUGCUGUAUCUUAUUCUCCCGAUUACGUGUGAUACCUUUUUCCAUGUCUUAUGUCUGUCUUGAGAGUGUGUGGAGGGGAUUUGGGCGGAUGCGAGAGCUUUUCGAGUAUGCGGAAGGCGAGGCUGGGAAUGUGGAUGGAUGUAGGUAGGGUAGGGUACAUGGGAAAUGCACCCAGAGAU